AUGUCCGAGCCACAAAGUUCGGCUACAGCUUCUCAGGAAGCUCCUGAGACAGCGACCUGGGAUCUAGCUGGUGAAAAGACAGAGAACGGCAACGGCACUACUCCCGUUUCCACACGACGCCCUCAGCAGUCCACGGUCUCUCAAGUCACAGCCCCGGUAUUUACUAAACUAGGUAACCCGGGUCCCCUAGGAUUGCUCUCCUUCGCGAUUACGACCUUCGUAGUUGGUCUCCUUGAGUGUGGUGCCGGACUUCCUCAUUCAGAUCCAGAUGGCAAUGUUGGUCCCAACCAAGCCUCGUUUGGAAUCGUAGUAUUCAUGGGCGGAACUGCCCAGAUCCUCGCGGGUCUAAUGCAAUUCCGUGUCGGUAACACUUUUGGUACUACAGUUCACUGUGCCUACGGUGCCUUCUGGCUGAGUUUCGGAAUGUUCAUGCUGCCUUACCUCGGUAUCGAAGCUGCCUAUAACGGUGACAAGAGAGCUUAUACUUUUGCGAUCGGUAUUUAUUUGAUCAUGUGGUGUUUCCUGACUGUGUUGUUUUUUAUUGCUGCGCUUCGGACUAACAUUGCCAUUCUUUCUGUCUUUUUCUUCCUGAUUCUCGCUUUCCUCUUCCUUAGCCUGGCCGAAUUUACUGCGACGGAGCAUGCUACUGCCAGCAGGAAUUUGAAUAAGGCGGGUGGGGCUUUUGCAGUUAUCUGUGCCUUUUGUGCCUCUUAUGCCGGUGGGUCAGGACUGAUGCUACCUGAGACUACCUGGGUGCGGUUCCCGCUGGGCGAGAUCUCGAGGGUCUAG